AUGGAUAAACAUCCCCUAAAAAAUGAAUCUACAGCGGAAAUUACUCAACAUUUAAAGUUACACAAAUCGUCUGAAAUAUGUUUCGUUUGCGGCAAUCAAAAUCAACCUUAUAUUUAUUACCUUAAUACCCGACCAAUACCCGAUAAGCCGCAAGAACCUUAUUUUCCCUUCUUGGAGUCUCACGAACCGCCGCUGGGGCACAUAUCGAAGAGCAGCCAUUCAGUUCCGGCAUGCUAUUUGUGUUACAAACUACUUCUAGAGCAAUGGGAUGCUUACGAAUUGACUUCUAAGCCGCACUCUGAAAGAUUGUAUUGGCUCAAGAGGGUGGAUAAUGGACCUUAUACUGGAGCCGAUAUGGGGAUGCAGGGGGAGUAUGCUGCUCAAAUUUUAGGUCUGAAUAACGAAACCAUUCCUGGUAUCGCGGUUGGACAAAGGAGCGUUGUAGGAGUUAAAGAUGAAGUGAAAAUCAAAAUUAGUGGAAGGCAUUCCCAGCCACCUGUAACACCUAGAAACGACGUUGAUACAAUUUCCGAAAGCGCCCUAGAUCUGACGCACCCAAAUCCUAUGCCUUCUAUCAUUCAAUCGGCUCCAGUUUACGCCCAUAGUCAAAAUUCCAACUCAUCAACUGGUACGGAUAUCCUAGAUUUAAGUAUGCCAGAUAAAAAUUCUUCGACUGAAGUCUGUUACGUAUGCGGAGACGAAUUCAAGAGGGGUAGUCUCGAUUUUGUUGCAAGCAAACAAGUCGCUGAUUCUCCACUGAAGCCUUUUUUCCCAAGUCUGAUUGAACAUCCGAGACCCAGUAGAAGUAGACCAAUUGAUUCUGCUGGCCGGGUUCAAGCUUGCGUCGAAUGCCAACAGCAUCUCUUGAAGCAAUGGCAAACGUUUCAGGUACAGGGUAUUCCUCAUGCUGAACGUAAUUAUACGUUGCGAAAACGGCAGAGUUCGAAUUUAGAUACCACUACUUUCAUAUGUUACACAUGUGCUCUUGAAUAUCCAUCUAGUAGUAUCAGAUUGCUGUACUGUUGUCAAAAUUCCGAAAAGGAACCGUAUUUUCCUUUCAUUCAAACUUUGAAAGCGCCACCCGGCGCUAGUCCUAUAAGUCCACAAGGUAUGGUUCAAGUGUGUUCAAUUUGCUACAAGUCAAUUCCUCAAAAGCAUCAGGUGUUUGGUGGUGAUCCUACAUCAAUAAGUGGAAAUCAUGUUUCUGUUAAUGAUAUAAUUUUCCAUAAUAGUAAUUCUUCUAGACCUAGCACAGUUAAAUCUCCAGCUAAUAGUGCGGGUUCGGAUAUUAGGUACAAACCGUAUGAUAUCAAUUCAUCAAUUAUGCUUACUAACAAGAAAAAGCAGGCUAUUCUAGAAGGGCGGCAUAAUUCGAAACCUUUGGUAUCUACUCGAACCACAUCUCCAUCGCCGGAAAUCAACGGUCAGCCUAGCAACCAAAAUUACCGUUGCUACAUUUGCAUGGGUCUCUACUCUCGUUCCCAAAUGGAAUGGGUCAGUACUUCUGCAGAAGGUAUGAAUUCGCACGCGAUGCAUUUCCCUUGUCUAGCGAAAGUAUCUCGUUCGUCUGAAAACAGCUGUAUGGAUUCGCAUGGGAGAGUGUUAAGUUGUACAAAAUGUGUUAAACAUUUAGCGCAGCAAUGGGAAGGAUUCGAUGGCGAUAGGGUUCCGUUAGAAAGAAGAAGGUACGACAUUCCUACCCCUGAAACAACGGCCAAUGGUGACCAGGGUAUUCCUACUCCUCCUAGCACUAAUAGCGAUAGAACGGUGUGCAGUAAUAGCAAUCCAGCAUCUGCAAAUAGUAGCAUUUAUUGUUUCCUCUGUGGUUUACAUUCGGAAUUGACUUUAGCUAGAGUGGUGUACAGCAAACCGCAAGGUCGGAAUGCUCCAUAUUUUCCAUAUUUACUAAGUCACAAGAGCCAUCCUAAUGCAGAACAACUCAGAGAUGAUGGAUCUGCUUUGUUGUGUACCUUUUGCUAUCACAGUCUCGUCAGUCAAUGGCGGAAGUGUGAAGCACAGGGAUCUGGUUUAGUUUCUUCUGCUGAUAAGAGAGAUUAUAACACUCAUGAUUAUUGCUGUUAUGUGUGCGGUAUUACGACUUACAGGAAGAGAGUGAGGGCACUCUUGAUUAAAGAUUUCCCAUUUCUAAAAUUCCAUCCACAACCGGAACAUUCUCUGUUAUUGGAAAAUGGGGAUUAUGCUGUCGUAUGCCUGGAUUGUUAUGAGACGUUAAGAACUCAAAGUUUAGAAUAUGAAAGAUGGGGUUUGCCAAUCGAUAAAAGGCAAUAUAAUUGGAUAACACAACCACCCCCGCCAGAAGAUAGUCCGGAAGUUAUGGUUGCUAGGUUACCAAGUGGACAACGAAGUGACAAAGUGGUUCCUCCAACUUUCGUAGCCAAGCCAAAUAAAAGAAAUCAUUCUCCGAAAGCGAUUGAUAAGAAAAUUUCAAGGGCUGAAUCACGGCCAGGAGUAGCGAGCAGUCCCAAGCUCUCGUCCGCCAAUAGUUCUACGAAACCCCGAACAAUGAGCGGUCACGCGGUUUCCGGUCCGGGUCCCGGACCGGGUGCGGGUGUCCCGAAUCAGUACUCGCAUUCUUUCGCGGCGGCAUUACGUAACUUAGCUCAACAGACCGUGCCGACUACCUCCGAGCAGUCGUCCAUUACUCAGACGAAUACCGAACCGUUUAGGAGAGAUCCAGGUGUAUCAUUACCAGACAAAUCCAAACAGCCAGCGGAAGUGCCUCCUUUCAACGCGGCAAGCAAUGCAGCUCUUCGAUCGUACGAACCGCGUUUACCCAACAACCACGUGGACCGUUACCCUGCAAGCUCUAUGUCGGACCUUUCUAGAAGUGGGUUUCAACCAUACAGACCUGAAGAAAGGGUACCUCACCCUCCUGUAAGCUUAGAAAUACCGGGUUAUCCACCGUACGGUUCCUAUCCGACUAUACCUCUAUUAGAAGAACAAAUGUACUAUGAAAGAUUGGGCGUAUUGAGAUCACCUUGGCCUCCCAUCGGCCAUCCGUAUAUGCCGUAUAUGAUUCCGAGUUCAGCCAUGCCCUUAUAUAUGCAUGAAAGGUUAAAACUAGAAGAAGAACACCGACGAUUAUCAGCUUCCCGAAAGGAUGAGUACCACGAAAGAGAAUUAAUAGAACGCGAUCUCCAACACCAAAGGGAACGAGAACAACGAGAAAAGGAGAGAGCCCAACGCGAAAGAGAAAAAGCCCAAUCCCGAAUAUCCCCGCAUCUUUCGUCGGCGCGCAUGUCUCCUCAAUCCCAAAUGUAUCCGAUGCUUCAUCCCAGCUCGAUGCUCCCUCCUUCGCCCAUCGGAUUGACCACUCCCACUCGACAAUCGCCUCUUACUUCCGCUUUUAUGACGCCGCCUAAUCCUUCCCAGGGCUAUCCCAUUCCCAGAUCGAGUCCCUCUUUACAAAGACAUUCUCCCAUGAAUUCUUCAAACUAUACGCUUAAUCUUAGUCAGCGUCAAAGCCCUGUGAUACAACCAUCAGGACCCCUGAUUAAUUUGGGGCCUCAAACUUCUAGUAAUAGUUCUUCUGCGAAGAUGUCGCCCAAACCGAGUACGCCGACUCCCAAAGUCAAAAGUCCAGCUGUUAAUAACGAAGCGAUCGACAACAGCGUAACGUCGAGUAAAGUUCAAAACGUCGUUAGGAAGUCUGAUGAUGUUCAAAGCUCGGACGGGAAGGUUAGUGAGAGUACCGCCUGA